ACCAUCGAUCGAUCAAGCUACCAUUUGUUAGAUGCAGCAGCCCAUCUACCAUCUCACUUUAUCCAUCCCAUUUCCUUAUAUAUAUACGCACGCACGCACAUUCAUCGAUCGAUCCGUCGAUCGGUGAGUGACUCACAGGCACAGCUCGAUCGAUCGAUCGAUCACCAUGGCCGCCUCCGCCACUCGCAGUAGUAAGCUCCUCGCGUUGUGGCUGUGCUGCGCGCUGCCGCUCAUCAUGUCCUCCACCGCCGCCGGCACCACCACUGCCACGACGCCGGCGGUCCAGCAGCAGCCUCAGCCUACGGCGGCGGCAGGCGCCGGCGAAGGUGUCGUGCCAGCUCCGACGACCUCGACGGCGGCGUCGAACGUGGCAGCUGCCGAUACGACUUCCAAGAAGAUACCAGUGGAAGGAGCAGGGCCGCACGAGGAGUACGUGCCGGCGGCGGAGGUGGCGUCGGCGCUGCCGGUGCCGAUCCCCGACGGGAACCCCGUGGAGGGCGCCUUCACCAACGGCGGCCUCGGCGGCAACCAGGCCUUCUUCCCCGGCUCCAGCGGCUACGGCACGGCGGCGGGCCUCGGCGCCGGCGGCUUCGGCCCGUACGGCGGCUACGGCGGCGGCCCAGGGACGUACGGCUACAACGGCCCAUUGUACUUCGGCUCCGCGCCGACGAGAACCGGCUCGCCGGCCGGAUCUUGCGCCGCCGCCGCCGUGUUGCUCCUUCUCUCCGCCGCGGCCAUGUAUAUUUGAGAUAAUAAUUAGUUAAUUACUCGGUUAUAAAUCCUAAUUAAUUAAGCUAGUAUGCGGGAGCAGUAAAUUUACACUCAUGUUAAUGUUAAUUACCUAAGUAAUACUCCUAUAUAUGAUUAAUGAUUUGUAUAUGUUAAUGGUGAUUAUUUUUCGAGGGGA